AUUGAGUUCACGGAGGAGGUUUUAUUAUUAUUUUUUUUCCACCCCUCCUUAGAUACGGUCUCGGUGGAGUCUAAUGCUGAAAACAGACACUGGAGACACGGAAGAACGUCUGAAGGUCAGUGUGAUGCGGGUGAACACCGGACACCGGAGACGCUGCUUUUGUGCUCGAGAACAUCAUCCAGCAUCACGAGCUUAAAGAAGAGGAAAGGGGGAAAAAAAAGAAUAAAAAAAACACCGAAUACGUGGACGUUAAUGGGACGGAAGUAGAAUAAUUUCUUUUUCAAUUAGUUUUAUUCUUGCAGUAUUCUUGUGAGGUUAUUUAGCUAAGUACCGUAUCCGCUUAAACGUUAGAUAAUCGUUCACGCGCACGAUGAUGCAAAUCUGCGACUCGUGCAACCAGAAGAACUCACUGUACAGCGCGAUGACGCGGUUCAUCGGCGCCGUGAACAACAUGGACCAGACGGUGAUGGUGCCCAGCCUGCUGCGGGACGUGCCGCUGGACGACGACGAGGAUGUCGAUGCAGCUGUCGCGCGAGGAGAGGUGAAGAAGAGUCCGGCGCGCGCCGCGGGCUCCGGCAGCGCCGUGCACCCGGUGCCGGCCGCGUAUUUCCGCACGGGCGACAUGUACGGCUACUACGUGCUCCUCAAGUCCAUCCGCAACGACAUCGAGUGGGGCGUGCUGCAGGGCGACGAGGUCCGGCGCAAAGACCCCGCGCGCCUCGAGCCGGACGGCGAGGACCUCGAGCAGCUCUUCCGCUUCCACCUGAAAGGCCUGCACACCGUGCUCGGGGAGCUCACGCGCAAGGCCAACACGCUCACGAACCGGUACAAGCAGGAGAUCGGUAUCGGCGGCUGCGGGCUUUGAACUCUCAAUCUCUCGAGCACACACGCUGAAAAAAAAUACUAAUAUGCGUUCUCUUUAUUUCUAGUUCAAAGGAAAAUAAAUAACCAUUUAUAAAUCUUAUUUUAUAACUAUUGCACUUUUUGUUUUGUUUUUUUGGGGGGGCGGGGGGACUACAUUCUUUGCCUCGGGAUGACGCUCGUGCUUAUUAUAUGCAGUGUAUUUAAUAUGCAAAUGGAGAUGUUUUAUGACUGAAGACGUGAUGGAGACUAUCAGAGUGCAAAGCGCUACUAAUCCCCUUCAAAUCCCAGGCCUUAAAUCAGUGAAGCGGAAUCCAGUGAUCAUUCUGUUUAACAGGAUGUUGAGUGAUUCCUGGAGAUGAACUGCAUCAUGUUUAUAUAUAAAAAAAUAUAUAUUUAAAAAAAAAAA